CCUCUGUCGGCAAUCCUCUCUCCUCCCUCUCUGAUGAUAUCGUAUGGCGCACUGCACUUUGCACACUGCAUGCUCUGCAGUGUGAUGUGUUGAACGUAUAGUGUGUAUGUAUGUACGAUGAAAGAUUUUAAUUUGUUUGAAACAAUUUUCGUGAUGCUAUGCUUGGGCGACGUAUAAACGUAUAAGAUGUAUGUAUGUAUGUACAUGCACCAAUAUAGUGAUAGUGAAAUUUCUUCUAAUAUUUUUUGUCAAGUUUUUUCUCUAUAAUAAAUAAAGAAGAAUGGUUAUUACUACGUAAUGUAAACUUGACACAAAUGGUACAUACAACGCUUGUAAUUGUAUUGCAGCAGUACUCUUUAUGCAGAUGACAUGUUAAAACUUAUUCAAACCUGACGUUUUCUGUACAUUCUUACAUAACGAUAACAAUAUUGGAUGUGAAGAAACAAAAAGCGCUUAUUUGUGAAUGAUCUAUUCUUGAUAAUCUAAAGUUGACAGAAAAUUGUGUAUAGAUUGGAUUGGAGUAUACGUUGCUAAUAAAAAUCAUGAAAAUCAAUGAGAAGAAUAUGGUAGCAUUUGCCACUUCUGCAACGCCGGUAGACCGUGAGGGCUGGCUGAAUAAACGUGGAGAGAUAAAUCGCGGAUAUCAGAGGCGAUGGUUCGUUCUCAAAGGAAAUAUAUUAUUCUAUUUUGAUCGUCGCGGUGACAAAGAGCCGGUAGGCAUGAUUGUACUGGAAGGCUGUACGAUUGAACUGGCGGAGGAUGAAGAACAGUUUGGCUUCAAGAUAGUUUUUCACGGACCAAACAAUAGAAGUUAUGUUUUAGCGGCAGAGUCUCAGGAAUCCAUGGAACAAUGGAUGAAAGCCUUGGCAUGUGCCAGUUAUGAUUAUAUGAAACUUAUGGUGACAGAAUUACAACGUCAGUUGGAUUCUGUGGAGGAAGAAACAGCAUCCACACCGAUUCAACAAUCCCCUAAGGCUCCACCAAGACAGCGACAUAAUCCAUUCAAUAGACCAGAUUCCCAUCAUCGUUCUCAGAGCGUCAGAUCGGCGCCUGGCAGGACAGAAAAUGUACCUAGGACUAGAAUAACUUUUCGUGAGCUUCACACGGCAUACGGCAGGCGAAUUUUAGCAGAUCUGAAUGCAUGGAGACACACAAAGAAAAAUGCAGAGACACCUCUAAUAACUCUAUAAUUUUGUACAUAUUUUAUAGAUAGUUGAACAAAGUACGCUUUAAUAUUGUAACAAAUAUUGUAUUAAAUCCACGAGAAUUGCUGGCUCAAAAAAUUAGCUACAUGUUUCAGAUAAAAAGUAUUCGAUAGAGAGUCACUUGCGUUAUGUUGAGUAUGCAUGUAUAUACUGUGUAUGUAUGUAUGUAUGUAUGAGUGUGUACAUGUAUGUGUGGAUGUGUAAAGAUGUAAAUUUAUUUACAGAUAAAGAUUUUUUUAUAUAACACUUAAAAAUUAUUGGUACAAUUUAAUUAGAUGACAAACUCAAACGUGAGUUUGCAACGUAGUGUUUAUAUAAUGUCAAUAUCACAACAAAUAAAUUACUAUAGUUACAGUAAA